UUUCCAGCAGACAUAUCUCAGUAAACAUGGCUAAAAACGAAGAAAAGGAUGAGAAGGAGUUCACUUCGAAUGUUAUGUACAGUCAACAUCCAUCCCUACGGAAGCUUGAACCACUUGAGAAGCAGUAUCUUCUUUCAGUUGAACGCGGUGAUGUGGCCAGAGUGAGAAGGUUUCUGCAAAUGGUUAACAAAAAUCCGUCCCUUCAGUUGGAUGUCAAUUGCAAAGAUCCUGUAGGGCGUUCAGCUACUUUGAUGGCAAUAGACAACGAAAAUUUAGAAAUGCUUGAAUUACUGCUAGAAUACGGGGUUGAAAGUCGUGACGCAUUAUUACAUGCCAUCAAUGCAGAGUAUGUGGAAGCCGUGGAUCUGCUUUUAGAACACGAAGAAAUUGUUCAUAAAGAAUCUGAACCUCACAGCUGGGAAAAAGUGGAUCGAGACAUUUCAACAUUCACCCCGGAAAUUACACCACUGAUACUUGCUGCUCAUAAAGAUAACUAUGAAAUACUGAAAAUCCUUUUGGAUCGAGGUGCCACACUCCCUAUGCCACACGAUGUACGUUGUCGCUGUCGAGACUGCGUCCUAGCAAUGGAAGAGGACUGUCUUUGCCACUCUAGGUCAAGGAUUAAUGCAUACAGAGCCUUGUCAUCCCCGUCCUUGAUAUGCUUGUCCUCCAUCGAUCCUAUACUUACCGCUUUCGAGCUUUCUUGGGAAUUGAGAAGACUGAGUAUGGCUGAGAACGAAUUCAAAGAAGAUUACGUGAAACUCCGUUCACGCUGCCAAGAUUUUGCAACCGCUUUAUUGGACCAUGCGAGGAGUUCACGGGAACUGGAGAUGGUGCUCAAUUAUGAUCCCACACGACCACCUUACCAGCAUGGAGAUCAUAUGCCCCUGGCUAGACUAGAAAUGGCUAUCAAAUACAAACAAAAAAAGUUCAUAGCUCAUCCAAAUGUCCAGCAACUACUAAGUACCUUGUGGUAUGAUGGAUUACCUGGUUUUCGGAGACAAAAUCCGGUGUACCAGCUUUGGGAUAUUAUAAAAAUAGGAGUGCUCUUCCCAUUUUAUUCCAUCAUGUACAUGUUAUUCCCAAAUACCGAGAGAGGUCGACUAGUUCGAAAACCAUUUUUUAAAUUCAUCAUACAUUCUUUCUCCUAUCUUUUCUUCCUACUGCUCUUGAUACUGGCAUCACAAAGAGUAGAAACACUGGUGGCUCAGUGGUUUGGGCGGAAAGAUGCAAAUGGAUCAAACGAAGUUUUAAGAAAGCAAAGAGGCCAACCGCCAACGAUUCUAGAGACAACGAUAUUAUUAUAUAUAGUCGCUCAUAUAUGGCAAGAAACAAGAGAACUGUGGACGAAAGGUUUAGUUCUAUACUUUCAUAAUUUAUGGAACAUCAUUGAUUUCACAAGGAACAGUCUCUAUGUUGGAACAGCCGGUUUAAGAGUUUUAGCGUAUUUUCAGGCGCAAGCCGAGAUUUCUGAAAACCCAAUGGCAGUUUACAUUCCAAGAGAAGCUUGGAAUGCAUAUGAUCCGAUGCUGAUUGCUGAUGGUCUUUUUGCAGCUGGGAAUAUUUUUGCAGCCUUAAAAUUGGUUCACAUCUUUUCCAUCAAUCCUUACCUUGGGCCGCUUCAGAUAUCAUUGGGAAGAAUGGUGAUCGAUAUUAUCAAGUUCUUUUUCAUUUAUGCCUUGGUAUUAUUUGCUUUUGCUUGCGGCUUAAACCAGUUACUUUGGUACUAUGCUGAUAUGGAAAAACAGCACUGUUUCAGUGGACCAGGAGGCACUGAAAAUUGGACUCAUCAAAGAGACUCUUGCUUAGCAUGGAGAAGAUUUUCGAAUCUCUUCGAAUCAUCUCAAACGUUAUUCUGGGCAAGUUUCGGCCUCGUAGAUCUCAGCAAUUUUGAAUUAUCUGGAAUCAAAAGUUACACGCGCUUUUGGGGUCUUUUGAUGUAUGGCUCGUAUUCCGUAAUCAAUGUGGUGGUUCUGUUGAACCUCCUCAUUGCCAUGAUGAGCAAUUCUUACAACAUUAUCUCGGAAAGAGCAGAUGUUGAAUGGAAAUUUGCUCGAACUACACUUUUUAUGAACUAUUUUGAAGAAGGAAGCACAGUGCCUCCACCAUUCAACAUUUUCCCCACCUUUAAACAUCUACAACGACUUUUUAAGAAGAAAAGACCCUUUAGUGAUAUGUCAUUCAAAAAAAAAGAGACCAAAAUGAAGGAAAGAGAUUCUAUUUACCAGAGCGUGAUGUGCAACCUUGUUUGGCGAUACGUAACAGCGCAGCAGAAGGAGAACGAAAGUCAUCCAGUAACUGAAGACAAUAUCAACGAGCUACGGCAAGAUGUGUAUUCCUUCAGGCAUGAUCUCAUGAGAGUUUUAAAAAGCAAUGGCAUGAAUACGAAGGAUGUAGAAAAAGAGGUUGUAGAUGUUUCAGGGAAACGUAUCCAAAUUAGAAAGCGUCGUCUAAUUAAAGACUUCAGUAUAGGAUUGAUGGAAGUUUGCACUGAUGAAGCAGCACCCGAAGUAGUUAGUAACAAAAGUGUAUUAGCAAGGCUCGUUGGUUUAUCAGGCAGCGAAAACAGAAGUUCUCAACGUUGGAGAGAUCUUAUUCAAGCAGCAAAGAAAUCAAAGAUAAUAGGUAACAGGGAUGGCGAGAGUGGUCGUUUUGGAAGUAUUAAAAGAAAUAAUAUAAAUGAAGACGGUGCACUGGAACAAAAGGAAACGGAGAAGAUGGAUUUUGAGUUUCAAAGCAGAGAAUUCACAGAAUCAGAAUACUACCAAGCUACGGAGAGUAAUUUGUAUCCGAUAAUACCAGAAGAGCUUGCAAACAUUGAUUCGACUACCGUAACAUUACCAAUCAGUUCGCAGCCAACUUCACAAACUAAACCUUUAACGCCAGUUCACAGUAGCAAUGAAAGUCACACACCCAGCGUCGAAAUGCGAAGUUCUUUAAUGAAAGGUAUUAAAUUAUCACCUGAAGCUCUGAUGAAACAAUCGCCAACGAGAAAAAAAGAAACUAAAUACCAAGCACCCAAACCUGCAGUAAUGGAUAACAAAGCAGCGUCAGCAGACAGCCAAAAAGUUGACAUGAAAUUAUGUCCACCAGGCAACAAAGGUACUCCUUUUCUCUCACCAUACAAGAAAUCAACUGGAAAUGUGGAUCUCUUAGUUCCUGAACAAUUUUCAGGGUCUUCCAAAGGUUCCGAAACUGUAUCAAAAAUUAUAACCGAUAAAGGAAAAACAACAUGCACUGAUACAAUGAUAACAGUUACUUCUUCUCCUGAAAAGAAGACACCUGCUAGAGUAGAAUCAUUAUCCGUGGAAAUUAUUCAGAAUGAAUCUAGCAUUUCGGAACUGAUUAAUUUGAACGAAAAACAAAAUACACAGCAUAUGCUCAAUGUUUCAACUCUUAAAAAAGAAAGUAAAAGCAAUACCGUAACCGAACCAUCUCAGCACGCAGUUAUGCCAACAAAUGGGAAUUUCGAUCAAUACCCAAUGCAACAUGAGAUGAACUUAAAUGGAAAAAGUUCGGUACCAAGUCCCGUACAUACUGAACGUAAAGGAUGGCUUUAAGGAACUUAGUGAAUGCCUACUUUUAUAAAAUAUUAAAGCGUAGACUGUUGAAUAAACAAGCACGAGCUGAAUGCAGUACUUCACAUGAAAAUUAUAUUUAGGUCGUAGUACAUCUGGAACUGCAAAUGACAGACUUUUCAAACAGACUAAUGCAUACUGGUGGCAAAGGCAGGCAAAAAUUAAAAGCAUUCUUAAGAAGAUAAAGCAAAAAAUGCUUUGUUUGAUUACGAAGCAGCAGUAGUUAUGAGAUAAUCAAUCACGAGAGGCUUUCAGAAGACAAUAAAUGCAAUUGCAGUGAGAAAACCGAAUCCAUUGGUUGCAUAUACAUGACAUAAAACUAUAUACAUAUAUAUACAAGAAAUCAAGUGUGAUGUAAUCAAAGUGAUUCUGGAAGAAUUUUAGGCAGAUGUAAUAUAAAUGGAAAUGUAAAAAAAGAAAAAAGAAAAAUAAAGUUUAACACAUAAAAAAGAA